UCCGGGGCAAGCGGUUGAAGAGUGCGGCGAUCUGCCCUCCCGUCCGUUCCCGGGUCUUUUCCAGCGACAUGCGCCGGUGAGGUUGCGAUGGUAAUUGGAGGGGAAGGACGUGAACCAGCUGCUCGUGACCGUUCAAUUGUUCGGCGCCAGGCAGACUCACAUCCUUUUCCAUGAUCAGUCGCCACAUGUAUGUUCACAUCCGUGGAACCGAGGGCAUCUCGAGGUUUCAAUUGGACACGGGGGGCAUUCUUUCACGAUUAUGUUGACGGAGAGGAUGAUAGUAGAACAAGAUCAACCUGGAUGAUUGCUCUCUUUUUUUUUGGCUUUCCUUUCCUUUUCUUUUCUUUUUUUUUCUCGAUGACCCCUAGCCCUUUUUUUUUUUUUUUUUUUCUUUCUUCUUUAGUUAAUCGGUGUUGUCCGGGUUGUUAUUCUCUAGUAACGGAUGUCCGUAUCCCGGGGAUUAAACGUGGAUAAAAAUGUAAGCUCUAGUGAAAGGAUUGACCGGGGACCACCAAUUAAUAGAUAGUAGUUUAGCGAUAGCGGUG